AUGAGGGGAGCAGCAGCCAAAGAGCUUCUUGAGAAGAAGCUCUCGACUAAGAGAGCAAAGUGGGACUCCCAAGUCUUCAACCAAAAUAGAAAUCGGGAAUGGAGCAAGAGUUCUUUUGGGCAUCCUUUGCAUUUUCCAUAUCAGGUUCCAUUCUUCAUAAUCUGCAAAGACAAGGACCAAGCUGACUGCUGGUAUCUAGGCCUAACAGCCUUGGUAUCUGCUCUAUAUAGUCCUCUUCUUUUGGUUGAUUCAACAAGCAGCCGUCGGAUAUACAGUUGCGCAAAUAGCCCUCCUGGCUAUAUUCAGCAAAGGAAUAGGCUAUUUUCAGUGCAUGACACAAGAAAGUUCACCCAGGAAAUACCAAAGGAAGUAGCUUGUCGUUUGAAUACCCCAAGCACGGACUGGUGGGACUAUAGUUUGGCAAGCAGCGCUUCUGAGUAUGACGAACAAUCACAUGACGUCUGCAUCUUGUUCAAGCAUGGAUGCAAGAUAUCUCCUGAAACAGGACUUGAGGUGCAAGGAUCUGUGAUAGGUGUAUUAAACCAUCUGUUGUGUUCUGCGUUCCGCGCCAUUGCCGGUGGUCAUUAUGCAUUUCCUAUGAACGUAUGCUCGGUGUUAUUUGUUUCUUGUUGUCCUCUCAUCGUGUAUAUUGGUGCAAUAUCUCCUAUUCUCUCUCGGAGAGAUGAGAUAAGGAUUACAGGGCUACCAACAGCCCACCUAUAAUGGAAGACAUCCUGAGUCAUUGUUGCAUGCUAGAGAACAACAACAAUCAUGUUGGUGAUUUCCCUGAUAUUUGGUUCUACAAGUGUGUCAUAUGAACCAAUGAAAGCAAAGAUAUUCCGGAUAUAAUAACUAUAUGGGCUACUCCAAAUGGUCUGACAGUGGAACCAACACCUUUUAUAGGCCUUCAAGUACCUGUGGAAGUCUACCAUGCAAGCAUUAUCCAACCUUGACACUCUACUUUUUAGUACAUACCCUCUAAAGACCACGACCAGACUAAGAAGAUGCCUAAAUAAGUUGUGAGGCGGCCUAUAUAUAAGUGUAUUUCUAAGUCAUCCUACUAUUUGUAACCGAAUUGAAGUCAUUCUACUAUCUGCAAUACAAUCCACAUUGUACUAUCUUUCCAUCUA